AUGCUGCAGUCCGAUGGUGGCACCGACUCCGCUCUGGAUGCAUCAGCAGCCGCCAGCCCUCUGCCUCCGGCUGCGGCUGCGUUUGCUGUGCCGCUCGAGCUGCCGGACUUUUGGCUUCACGAUUCCCCGUCGUGGUUCGUGCACGUGGAGGCUCAGUUCGCCCUUCGUGGCAUCUCGGCUGACGACACGAAAUAUCACCAGGUGGUGGCCUCUCUCGACCCGCUAGCCACCCGUCGUGCGUUGCCUCUCCUCCGGGACCCACCUGCCCGAGGGAAGUACGCCGCCCUUAAGGAGCUGCUUCUUCAGCGCUAUGCCCUCUCCGACGCAGAGCGAGCCGAGAAGCUCCUCUCCCUCUCAGGCCUGGGUGGCGGUACGGCUCUCGAACUGAUGGAGCGCAUGCUGUCCUUUCUCGGUCCGGACGACGGGGGAUUCCUGUUCGCCCACAUCUUCCUCCGACAGCUGCCGGCGGCCGUGAGAGCCGGCCUCGCCAACUCUCCACUCCUGGGCACGAAGGAUUAUCGCUCCCUGGCUGAGGACGCGGAUCGUAUUCUCUUGGCUACCCGUGCUUUCCACGAUCACGACCUAGUUCCAGCCUCGCCUCCUACUUCCCCGCUGACCUGCCCCGACGUGUCCGCUCCUUCGCUGGCGGCAAAGGUCGCGGCACAGCCACACCGCGGACGGGACCUCUGUUUCUACCAUCAGCGUUUUGGCCCCAGAGCGCGCCGCUGUUUGCUGCCUUGUGUUUUUCCUACCCUGGGACAUGGGACCCGACAGCGCGCUGUAGUGGCCGCGACCGCUGGCGACAAAGAAAAGCUGCUCUUCAUAGAAGACUCGCGCUCCGGGAGACGUUUCCUGGUCGACUCCGGCUCACAGAAGAGCCUCCUUCCCCCGUCCGGCGCCGACAGUUUAGCAGCGGGCUGCGGACCGCAGCUCAUUGCGGCUAAUGGCUCUCCCAUCGCAACGUUCGGGGAAAGGUUCGUCACUGUUUGUUUUCAUGGUCGGGAUUUCCAAUGGACCUUUGUUGUUGCCGCUAGCUCUGUUCCUAUUUUGGGCGCUGAUUUUCUUUGUGCUCACGGACUGCUGGUCGAUGUCGCUAACAGACGCUUAAUCGACGCCCAGUCUUUUUCUUCAGUGCCCUGUUUCACUCGCGCCAUCGAGCCCCUGAAUCGGGCUAAUUUGGUGACUUCUGGGAAUGUUUUUCAGCGUUUGCUCUCUGAGUUCCCUUCACUGACUGUUCCUAAUUUCUCAAACACGGCAACGAAGCACGGGGUUGAACAUUAUAUUCCGACGGUCGGUCCCCCGGUGUUCGCACGCGCGCGCCGCCUCGACCCCGCGAAACUCUCCGUCGCUCGGGAAGAGUUUGCCGCCAUGGAGCGCCUCGGCAUUGUGCAGCGCUCGAAUAGUGCCUGGGCCUCUCCGCUACACAUGGUGCCCAAGUCCGACGGUCGGUGGCGGCCGUGUGGGGAUUUUCGCCGUUUGAAUAAUGUCACGGAGAACGACCGUUACCCCAUUCCCCACAUACAGGAUUUUUCCGCCCACCUCGCCGGCACCUCGAUUUUUUCUAAAAUUGACUUAGUGCGGGGGUAUCACCAGGUUCCCGUGCGCGCCGAAGACGUCCCGAAAACCGCCGUUAUUACCCCUUUCGGCCUGUUUGAAUUUUUGCGCAUGCCGUUCGGCCUGAAAGGCGCCGCCCAGACUUUUCAGCGGUUGAUGGACUCUGUCUUGCGCGGGCUGCCUUUCGUCUUCGUGUACCUUGACGAUAUAUUGGUGGCCAGCUGUUCUGAGAGUCAGCACGCGUCACAUUUGCAUCAGGUUUUCCAGCGCUUGGCGGCACACGGCCUGAUCGUCAACCCCUCCAAGUGCCAGUUCGGCUUGCCGGUUCUGGAUUUCUUGGGCCACCGCAUUUCCGCUGACGGUGUGGUUCCGUUGCCGGACAAGGUCCGGGCCGUUUCGGCUUUUCCGCGUCCCGCGUCCGUUAAAGCGCUGCAGGAGUUCUUGGGGAUGAUCAAUUUCUACAACCGCUUUCUCCCCAGAGCCGCGCACCUGCUGCAGCCUCUCUAUGCUGCCUUGAAAGGUAAAACUGCUAAGGACCCGAUUGAUUGGCUCCCUGAACGCAUCCAGGCGUUUUCUGAUGCCAAGGCCGCGCUGGCAAACGCCGCCCUGCUUGCCCACCCGUUUCCAUCGGCGGAGAUCGCGUUGACCACCGAUGCGUCGGACGUGGCGGUGGGCGCAGUUUUGGAGCAGCGGGUCUCCGGUGUCUGGCAACCGCUUGCCUUUUUCAGUCGCACGCUUAGGGACAGUGAGCGCAAAUAUAGCGUUUUUGACAGGGAGUUGCUGGCCCUGCACCUUGCGACCCGGCAUUUUCGUUUUUUUCUCGAGGGUCGGAGUUUCACCGCCUACGUUGAUCAUAAACCCUUGACAUUCGCGAUGUCCAAGGUCUCUGACCCGUGGAGCGGGCGCCAGCAGCGCCAGCUGGCGGCCAUUUCCGAGUUCACAACUGACAUUCAGCACGUGGCUGGUAAGUCCAACUGCGUGGCCGACUGUCUAUCCCGCGCGCUGGUUUCUCCCGUUUACGUUGGCAUAGACUUUGACGCUAUGGCCGCUGAUCAACGGGCGGACCCGGACGUCCUUGCCCUUCGGUCUGAGCAGACGGGCCUUGUACUGGAGGACAGACCCGUGUGGAACGGCGGGCCUAGCCUGCUUUGUGACGUUUCCACCGGCCGACCACGCCCUGUAGUUCCACUUUCGUGGCGUCGUCGCGUUUUCGACUCCGUACACGCCCUCUCUCAUCCAGGCGUCCGGGCCUCGGUCAAGCUGGUCAGCUCUAGGUUCGUUUGGCCGGGCCUUCGUAAAUCGGUGAAAGAAUGGGCAGCGGCGUGCAUCCCAUGCCAACGCGCUAAGGUCCAUAGGCACACACAGGCGCCCCUCGAAUCCUUCCGCGUUCCAGGGAGGCGUUUUGAUCAUGUACAUGUGGAUCUGGUUGGUCCCCUGCCGCAGUCACAAGGUUUCACGCACCUUUUGACUGUGGUGGACCGCACAACCCGUUGGCCUGAGGCAGUGCCUCUGGCGUCCACUACAGCUGCAGCAGUGGCCAGGGCAUUUUUGUCAACGUGGGUUUCGCGUUUCGGUCCCCCCGCCGACAUCACCUCAGACAGGGGCCCCCAGUUUGUUUCCGAGCUUUGGUCUGCCAUGGCUGACGGCCUGGGUGUCAAGGUCCACCGAACCACUGCGUACCACCCGCAGGCCAACGGGAUGUGCGAGCGUUUCCACCGGUCGCUUAAGGCCGCGUUCCGUGCUUCUCUCACAGAUGGCAACUGGGUUGACCGCCUCCCAUGGGUUUUACUGGGGUUGCGCUGCGCGGUUAAAGAAGACCUCGGGGUUUCCCCGGCUGAACUUGUCCUCGGUCAGCCCCUCCGGGUCCCCGGGGAAUUCUUGCCCGAGAGCCCACCCCCGUGCUUCGCUCCCUCUGUGCUGUCUCUCCGUCCCCCAAGAGACUCGUUUUCUCUUCCUGGCCCAGUGCACCAUUGUCUGCCCGACACCUUUGUUCCGAGGUCGUUGGACUCUUCGCAGUUUGUUUUCGUCAGGCAUGACGCUCAUAGGCCUCCGCUGCGUCCACUGUAUGACGGCCCCUUUAGGGUUAUUCAACCGGGCCGGAAGCAUUUCCUUUUGGACUUUGGGGGUCGUCAGGAGACUGUUUCUAUUGACAGACUUAAGCCGGCACAUGUGCUGCAGGAUGAUCAGUUGGUGCCGGCUCAGGCCCCCCGCCGUGGCCGCCCGCCUUCCACUGGACUGGACAACCCUGCUUCUUCCUCUGGGAGCACCCCCCACCUGGCAGGGCCCGAGCUAUCUUCAGCUUCUCCUGGCCGCCCAUGCCAGCCUGGUCCUCAGGCACGUUUCCCCUCAGCCAGCUCUCCACCUCCCCGGUUCAGCCGUUCUGGCCGUUUGAUUAAGGCAAGGGUUCUGGACUAGGGGAUGACCCUACUGGGUGUUCGGGGGGGGCAUGUGUGGUGGACCACUGGAGGGCUCCACUCACACCCAGUCCUCAGGAAGUGUUGUUGUUAUGUUUUGGAGGGAAAAGAGUUCAGUUCUGUGGUGAUGAGAAUAAACGACGAGUGUUAAUCGAGAGCUCUCGUGUCGUCUGUGUUUACCUCCA